AUGCAGCAGAGGUCCUCCAGGCAGAAGAGGAAGAAGAAAACCAACGAAGAAGAAAAGGAGGAGGAGGAGACAGGAGCUCAUGGAGCCGAAGUUCAGAGACGGGAUCUGGACCAGAACUUCAAACUGAUGAGGAGGAGGAGCAGAACCGGGUCACCUGUGACCUUCAUCAUCAUCGUCAUCAUCAUCCGUGUUUUUACCAAAAUAAAAGUCUCUGUUUGUUUUUAUAAAAGUUCUCGAUCGCCCGCAGCACGCCGACUCUCUCUCUUCUUCAAAAAUAUCGGGGGGGCAAACAGGAAGUUGCAUAAAGAGCCGUGCUGA